GUUUCCGUGCGAACAACCUGACGAUUUGCGAAGUGGACGGGCCUGAAAUCCCAUCGUGUAAAGUACUGGGUAACUGACAGUGUGUCGUUGUGCAAUCUCUGGGAAGUUCCACGUGGGUUUGGUGAAACAUGCUGGAAUUUCCCAAACAUUACAUCCCUGUGCAAAUGUUGAACUACGAUGGCUGUCCACAACAUUUCUCAACCGAGCGGCAGUGAUUUUCUCCCAUUCAGCUACAAGAGCCUUAGUGAGGUUGGACACUGAUGAUAGACAAUGAGGCCUGGUUCACUGUCUGUAAUCCAGAUCAUCCCAGAAUUUAAUGGGGUUGAGGUAAGGGGUUGAGGUAAGGGCCGGUGUGUAACACCCAUUUUCACAGACCUGGUUUUAUGCAGGUCAGCACUGUCAUGUUGAAAGAGUGAAGAAUUUUCACCAAACUGUUGCCACAAAGUUGGAAAUAUACUUCCGUCCAAAACAGUGAUUCAGAAAACAUAUGGAAAGAAAAAAAAAUCUAUGUUUAGGAGGAAAAUAAAACAUUAACGGGGACUAGAUGAUUGUGUAAGGUUAUUUUUUUGUAUGUUUAUGAUCACAAUAGCCAUGUACCCUCCAGUUAUAACAGGCCACAUGUAAAGACUGACUGUACAAGAAGACAAGCAAGCAGAAAAGUAAAACUAGAAAAAAAAAUCAAAGUAUUUAAAAAAGCCCUGCCUCUACCAACCCUAGUGGUAGAAAGUUGACUGUAAACUUGACCAAACCUGUGGGAAAAAGAGAAGAAAAUCAAAUGGUUAACCCUGUAUUAAUGCAAUGCUUGUAUUAUUAAUGCACAAUACACACACACACUCCAAUUGCACAGUAGUCUUGUUUGUGAACUAAGGAGCAAAGUCCAUACCAUGGACAAUGUUGCCAUCUCCUGGCAACAUUAUGUAACAGCUGAAAAGCUGCAUUGGUUAGAGAGAUGAUGCUACCACUGAUAGUAAUGAUGAUGAUGAUUAUUAUAUUUAAGAAACAGUUUAUAAAGUGCUCUUGUUGACACAAUGAAAGUACAAUAUUGAAAGGAAUAAACAAAGACAGUAAAACAAACACAUUAGGAGACAAAUAUCUAUAUAAAUAUGAUUGAAUACAGAACAUGCAAACACAAAAUAGAAGUAUAAAUGUUGAAAUGGACCAAAUUUGAGAUAUGAGGAACAAUAUAUUUUCUGCAAUAUUUAGCAGAAAAAAUUACUAAAGAGUAGCAAACAACAGUUGUCAGAAAGCAGGUGAGGGCCAAGUUAGAAGUUAUUAAUGCAAAGUAAGCUCUACCAGAAACUACUUGCACAUGAAAAGCCUUUGGAGGCCUGAGUUAUUUUUCAUUCAGGGUAGUUUCUCUUAACCAAAUAUAUGUUAUAUAUAAGUUGGUCUAAAUUUAUAUUUGGACUUUUAGUGUCCUCUGUGAAGUAUCAUCUGAGUCUUGUGUCAAAUCAUUGUAUUCAUUAUAGGUUUUCAUUAUAGGUACAAGUACGUAACCUUAUAGUGCGCUUGAGGCUAAACUCUGCAUUAAAACCAUCCCUUUCUCAUGGUUUAUAAUGUUAAGGGCUAUGUGAUUUUAGACUGAACAUUUUCCUUAAAAAAUGCCAAAAUAAAGGGUACUGUAUACCAGAUCACGGAAGAUUCCGUACUGUACACAGCCUCACAGCUGAAUUAAAAAAUUUGAAAAAUUUGACAUUGCUUCAGCAAACAACGGAUGACAUUAUGUGACCUUCAUAAAUACAGAGAAACAUCAUUUGAUUUAAAGUAUCUCUACAAACUCUCAAAGUUUGUUUGUUAAAGCCCAGCAGAACCAUAAGGACUUUGGUAUGGUCAUGAUUUCAUGGAUGCCUGAAGAGGCCCACAAGCCUGAAGUGUCUCCUGUCAAAUAUGACAUUUGCUGAAGAUUUGGGGGUGCUUUUGCAAAGGCUGUAACCAGAUAGAUUAAUCUCUGUGAAUGGGGUAUAACAACAUACAAAGAUGCUUAUAGAACAAAAUCUAUUACGACCAUGCUGCCCAACUCUGAUAACCUGCAAGACAAAUAUGCAUGCAGUCAUAUGAAAUUACAUCCAAAUUGUGGAUGAGAGGACCAUCCAAACCCUAUUAGAUCAGCCCAGAUGUAAACCAACUUGAAAUUCAAUGUUAUGCUAUCAGGCAUUAGAUUUAUAUCUCAGUGAACAAAGCCAAAUUAUUUGAAUUCUUGGGCCAAAAAUGUGGGAAAGUCAGCCAGGACAGAGAAGGGUGAUUGGAGAGCAGGCCAAGAUAUAUUAAAGCUGUAAUAUAGAAUUAAAGUUGCUUUAUCCAACAACAUGAUGUUGAACUUUUGCCAAGCCAAAGAAUUGGAAGUUUCGUGAUUAAUUUUCUGGAAGUAGGCUUAUACUUCUUUAUUUUGUGCCAUUUUAACAACUAUGACAUACAUACUAUGUAGCAUGUUUUAUCAGUUGUUUAUUUGGCUUUAUCUGAAUAUAUUUGAUUGUCUUUGAUAAAAUGAUAAAAUUGCUGUCUGAAGAACCACUUGUAACUCUGAAGUUUGUGUUUUCAAUAAGCAUCUUGUGAUUGCAUCAUAGAAUCAUAGUAUUGCAUGUAAAAACAAAAGUAUCUAAAUGAGAAACCCCAGUAGAACUACUUAUAGCAACUUUGACAUGCCAGAUGUGCCACAUUUGACUUUAAAGGUUAUAUUUUAUUCUCCCCUGUAACAAACUAAUUAGCGUAGCUGGUGCUGAAUAAUGACUCUGCUGUAGUCUUGCUAAUUAAUGUCAGUGACUUGUUUUGAAAAAGGUGAGAUCACCUUCCAUUAAAACUCAAAAUUAAUUAAUUUCCAACACAACACCUGCUGAGCUCCUGUUUCAUAACCUCAGGCGCAGAUGUCAUCAGCCCUGUCGCAAACACUUGCUUGUCUUUGCUUGCCCAGAUGGCCCCCUUGUUUCCCCCUCAGCCCCCUGGGUAAAAGGUAAAUUGGCAGGUUUAGGAUGAUGCCAUGAUGCUUCCUCCUUUCCAUGAUGUACACAAUAACAAGUUUUAAGUGUUUCCCAAGUGUGUGUUAUUCUUCAGUGAAAGUUGUUGUUCAUGACUGAUUAAAAUUAAAACAACACAUAAUGUUGACUGGUUAUUUUCCUGAUGUACAAGUUCACAAACAAGUCAUCCCCCAAACACAACAUAACAUAUUACACACACACACACACACACACACACACACACAUGCAUCCCUACUCUCCAGAUGGCACAUGUCCCAAACAUUUUAAUCAGGCCAUUAGUUGUUUUUAUCUUUUAGAUUUUCCAUCUGAGAGAUGGUUAAACUUUUUUUCACUUUUCAAAGUGGCAAAACGUUUUUGGUUUUGCCACUUUUAUAGUAUGAACUAAUAUUUAUAACAAAGACACAUUUCUCAUUUUUCUCCCCAGUUUAUCCAAAUACUCUUUGAUUUCUGCACUUUAAAAUAACAUUAAUAAUAGCCUUAACUCGCGAUUACUAUAUUAUGGCUAAAGAUAAAACAUGUCUGUGGACACCCUUCAACUAAAUGUGAAAUGGUCAUGACACUCAUUUCGUAAACUAAACCCAAUUUCCUUGAUGGUUUUAAUUGUGGCCUCUUUUGUUCUGACAGACUUUAGAGUACCAUCCAAGCAGGAAUGUGACCUUUGAUAGGUGCUACAUUAAAACUUUAAGAUAUGCAGGCCAUCCUUCAUUAUCUGUUUUUACCUUUAUCUUAUGUUGUGUGUCAUGCUCAGACUUUUAAAAAUGAACAUUAAUAUGACAGAUUUAACAUUGUGAAAUCGCAUACAAUACUGAAACAAUGAUGAUGAAUGUUUAACGAUACUCUUUCAUACACUAAGUGUAUUUCAAAGCAAGUACAGAGGUGAAAAAAGUUUUCGGACACCCUUAAAAUUUUACACAAUCUCAAAUAUUAUCAUGAAAUAUUUGGGGAAAAAUCUUUUUUGUGUUUCAAAAGGUGUGGCUGCAUUAGACAGACACAAACAAAUACAAAUUAUAUGUUUUUGUUUAUUGUUUACAAGAAAAAUUAACAAAACUAAAUUCUUGACAGUUUCAAUAUAUCAGUUCUCAACAUUGUCGGUAUCAAAGUCAACAAAUAACAGAGAAUGUGUUCAAAACUGAACAAAAAAUAAAUAAACCAUCACCACCAUCAAAAAUUGUGUCUUUUAAUAAAAAGCACAACCUUCAUUAGUGGAUCACCAGUACCAAAAUGACCCAAUACUCAAAAUUUCUUAUGUAUUUUUAUGGAACCAAUCAACUUUUAAGUUUGUAAUGGCUUUUUUAUGAUUUGUUUAGUAUUUUAGCUGUGACUGUACUAAAAGAAAUUGCACUUGAAGACCUAAGAGUGAUUGUGAGUCGUUAGGGUCACAUGUCUCAAGGUGUGAAUGGGGGUUACAUCGCCUAGGCAAGGAUCUCAGGACUGCGUUAUAGGUAGCUGACAGUUGGUGUCAUAGGCCACCACCUUUGUUUAAUGCAAUAUUUCACAAAUGCAUGGGGUGUCCGAAAACUUUUUUUCCACUACUGGACAUAGAACACACAGGUUCAGAUUAGUAGAUAGCAACUCAAAUCAUUCAGGGAACUUGGGGAACUGACUUCUACAGAGCAUUCAAAACAUGGAUGAAUGAAUAGUUUAUUUUGUGAAUGACAUAAAUACACAACAUGUCAGUGGAAAGGCAAGCUUAAUCAGACAUGUAGUUUCAGAUGUGUGUUCCUCUUUGCUUAGAAAUAACUAGAUAUGUAAGGGCUAGGGUGCGGAGAAUAAAAACAAAUCAAAGCUUUUCAGUCAAAACGCCCAUCCAAAAUCCUGUCCUUGAACCUUCUGUAUUUGGUAUGCAAUUUUCAGUUUCGACAGACUUAAAAGAUAACUCCUGGCCUUAUUUUCCAAUGUCCAUGUAGGACUACAUGACUGUUUUGAGCAAGAACGGUGCAUCCAACAACCAUAAACAGCUGCUGUAAUGCAAUACAAUGGCAAAUUGUCCAUGUUAAAUUAAGUCCACUUAAGUAUUUUUUUCUGCCACUGACAGUCUAAGACUGUGAUCAAAAAUGUCAGACAACAUUAUAGAUAGACCUCUUUAUUAAAGGGUAAGAUUUUUUUUGCUUUUUUGUUACAUCAGAAACAUCACCAUAUCACCACUGUUUUGACAAAAAAAAGUUAUUUUCCUUUGAAGCAGCUGCAUUUCAGCAGCUCCCACGUUCUACAGGGCAAAAUUACUGUUUUUGUCAAGACAACAGCUAUUUGCCUCAUUUAAUUGGGGCAGUAGAGAUACAGACAAGGAACAUGGGGGGACAGGGGCUUGAGAUACUGUAGAUACUGUACUGAGAUACAGGUCCCUAGUCAGAAUAGAAUUGGGGAUGUUGUGGUUACAUGGUAUGUGGCCUUAACACAAUGCCCCAAUUAAGGCAGUUUUGCAGGAGAAAAUGUGGUGCUAAUAAAAGGUUCCUCUGAAUGUGUCACAAUGGAGAACAAUCGAAUGUCUGUCACACUCAUUCUGACCAUUCAGAGGUGAUGGUUAGAAUGGUCAGCAUCAACAACUUUCCACCAGUCAUACUGUACUAAUGAGCAAGCACGUACAGACUCCUCUGCUACUGCAUUGUAAGGCAAGAGUCUGUGGCACACUCCAUUCAAGUGACUCAUUAUGCCAACAUACCCAAAGAUGGGAAAAUAGGAGAGAUCCCUGAGAGAGAUACGUAACUUUAAACUGCUUAAUUGUGGUGGGUGUAGACAGUUACAGGGGCACCACACUUAUUUUUCAUAACAAAAUGUGUGUUAGUAUUGACCUUGAGAAGGAUCCGAAACAUGUCAAAAUGAACAAAAAUGCAAGACCAAGCCUGAGAUUAUUAUUAUUAUUAUCACUGAACAGAUUCAUAAAACUAAUUUUGUGGAGUAUCAGUAAUUAACAGACAUACAAACUGUCAUUAUAUAUCCAAUGUGCAAGUCUCAAGGAUCAAAGCAACAUAUGUUCUUUAGUAGGAAAGCUGGAUUUUUUAGCUUUUUUUUAGCUUUCCAGGAGACUGAAUGACCACAGGUCUCUCAAUGAUGUCACCACUGUAUGAAGAAAUUGCUUUUACCCUAAGAGUGGUAAGCUUAGGUCCCUGUCCAGAACAAGUUGUGAGAAAGACAUCAAUGUACUGUCUGUGUAGGUUCUCAGUCAUCCAGUCAUGGUAGUCUUAACUGCUAAAGUUGAAGGCAACCGGACUUCUUUUAGGUUUCCUGAAGACGUUUCACCUCUCAUCCAAAAGGCUUCCUCAAUUCUGAAAACUGGUUGGGGAGUCCCAGGUAUUUAACUUCUAGGAGGUGGUCCUGAGAGUCGUUAACCCACCCUGUCGUUAGGGUCACAUGAGUGCAGGUGUGACUCGUUGGUGUGUCGUUGCAUCAUGUGAGUCGUUAGGGUCACAUGUCUCAAGGUGUGAAUGGGGGUUACAUCGCCUAGGCAAGGAUCUCAGGACUGCGUUAUAGGUAGCUGACAGUUGGUGUCAUAGGCCACCACCUUUGUUUAAAGAUGGACAUUCCAGAUGGACAUAGAAGGCCUCUUUUAUUCCUCUCUCAAACCAUCUGUCCUAUCUAUCUAAAAUGUGGACAAUGAGGUCCACAUUUUGGAGGAGUGUCCCUUCUCCUUUAGGUGUAAAUGAACAGCCGAGUCUUGUCCUGAUGAGCUGGCUCUCCUGUGUGGUGCCAUGUAUAACCCCCAGUUACCAGAACUCUGUUAAAUAAAUGCUGAAGAUAUAGGAAGAAUGAUCUGUGAUCGGAAGAUUCAGUAUUGAAUAAAUUAAAACAUAAUUAAAUGGAUAAAUAUUUCAUUUUGAGCCUCUUUGAUACAAUUCAUGAUUAAGAAAGUGCUAAAACAGCUCCCCCUAGUGACACCUUCCCGCUAUGUAGAUCCCACGAUCUCUUCCUGAUUGAGCAGAAAACGAGACAGACGCACAGAGAGAGCAGAGAGCAAGAUAAACGCUGAUACCGCAAUUCUAGAAAUGAAAAAAAGCCUGUUGUGGUUACAGUUCUUUUGCUAGUUGCUGAAAGGACAAUUCUUGGUGAGUCGAUUGUUAAAUUUGAUGAGAUAACUGAAAACGGGACCGAGCACUAGCGUUAGCAGCCGCUAACCGCGCUAGCAUGAGUUGGUAUUAAUCCCGCUAGCUAAGAUUAGCCACGUUAGUUUUGUCCUGAUGAGCUGGCUCUCCUGUGUGGUGCCAUGUAUAACCCCCGGUUACCAGAACUCUGUUGAAUAAAUUCUGAAACUAUAGGAAGAAUGAUCUGUGAUCAGAGGAUUCAGUAUUGAAUAAAUUAAAACAUAAUUAAAUGGAUAAAUAUUUCAUUUUGAGCCUCUCUGAUACAAUUCAUGAUUAAGAAAGUGCUAAAACAGCUUUCCCUAGUGACACCUUUCCGCUAUGUAGAUCCCACAAUAUCUUCCUGAUUGAGCAGAAAACGAGACAGACGCAUAGAGAGAGCAGAGAGCAAGAUAAACGCUGAUACCUCAAUUCUAGAAAUGAAAAAAGCGCCUGUCGUGGUUACAGUUCUUUUGCUAGUUGCCUGAAAGGACAAUUCUUGGUGAGUCGAUUGUUAAAUUUGAUGAGAUAACUGAAAACGGGACCGAGCACUAGCGUUAGCAGCCGCUAACCGCGCUAGCAUGAGUUGGCAUUAAUCCCGCUAGCUAAGAUUAGCCACGUUAGCUUUGGUAGAUCUCCUAUUGUAACUCCAUUUAGUGGAAACUGUUCAAUGUGUUGAUUUACUGUAUGUGUAACUGUUAAUUAUUGUUCCGGUACUGAGACUGGUUUACUACUGUGAAGCUGAUUAGCAGCUAAUAUGAGUUGUGUUGAAGGUGUAACACUGAUGCGGUUUUGAGCAAAUGUAAUGUAUUCAAUAAUGCUUUUUUUUUUUUUAAACUUUUGUGAGAUGAGUUCAGAUGUAUUAUUGGUUAUAUUGUGACUAAAUUUUUUCCUGCUAGCUCAAUUUAAUCGAGUUGAAGCUAAGUUGUGAAGUGUUAUGUGAUUCCCCUCUAGAGGUGCCUUAUGGAGACUGAGAGACAGGUUGUUAUAGGAGUAAUGACAAUUUUAUUUCGCUAAAGCAACAGAUUAACAGCUCUGUAGAUACUUUAAGGGAAGAGAAUACAUUUAAAUAAGUUAGCAAUAAUUUCAUAAUAUUUUUUUGGCUUUGUGUAUUCAAGGCCAGGUCGUCGUUUUCUCUGUUGGUUUCUUCUGCCUUUGUAUUUCCUCACUGUUCCUGGCGAUUCUCUGGUGGAAUGCGGGAUCUUGCAUGAUUUUUGGAUUCUUCAGCCCAGCUUGCUCCUGUUGGAGGAUGUGUGGUUAGUGCUGGACUGGCAAGCCUACCCAGAGUCGGAUCGAGAGAAAGUGAGAACUUGCCUGAACUGCUGCUGUUCAACGGAUAUUGGUAGGACAAAUACACUCCCCGCCUACACAAGGAAACACUUUCACUUCACACUCUGAUAAUGAAUGGACUUACACAGAGAGACUGAAUUCCUGGAUCUCUGUUUCAUGGACACUGCAAAAUAAGCAGGGUUUAUGCCGAAAACUUUGGCUAAGUGAGGUUUUAUUGCAUUGUGAAACAGGAUUUUUGUGUUUGUUUAUUUGUUGUUUUUUUCUUGUGGUAUUUUCAUUUGUGCUUGGUUUACAAAACAAAAACUUAGAGGGGUUGGUGAUUAAUUUGAAGGUACCAUAAACAGCUUCAUAAAUAGAAAUAGGACGAGACAGAAUAAAUUGGUCUUACCAUUUUAUACCAUGUCAACAUAGUCUGUGUCUUGAUUCACCUGUGCCACUUGAUGCCGUUUCUCCUGAGCGACCCUAGAGCUUCUGAUACACUGGUCCAUAUUGAAGGUUAAUUGGCUAAAUAAGCAGUAUACAAAAGUUCCCCAAAAUAAAUUCUAUUUCUGGUUGUUACACUUGCGCUUGUGGAGUGGUUGUUUGGUUUCACUUGUGUACAGGUCUGAACACUUCUCACUGCAUUGCACAGCGUACACAAGGUUACUCAACUUGUGCUUGGGAGUCUUGUCCUUGGGAUGACAAGUUUCUGUCUGAGGGUGUUGCCAGGUCUGAAGUGCACUGGAAUGUUAUGUUUGGAGAAAAUUCUUUUGAAUUUCUCAGACAGUCCUGCUACUGACAAUGACAAUGUUGUGUCUGCUCUCCUGUUCCUCAGCAGUUGAUGUCUGUGGCUCUUCUCUAUGUCUUUUACGUCUUUUUCAUUCACUCCCAGAACCCUGCCACUGCUGAGCUUUCAGAAUAUCUUUGUGACCUUCACAGAGAAAUGGACCAACUCUGUCUUCUUUGUGGUGGACACAUCAGCUGCUUUCAGGAGCUCUUCAAAGUGUUCCUUCUGCCAUCCAACAGUGCCCUCAGUUCAGGAGUUUCCUGGACCAGCCAAGCCCUAAAGGAUUCCUUCUUCAGCCUGUUGGUCUUCUUGACCACUGGGGUGCACUUGUGGGUUCUGUGAUUGCUACCACAACAGACUCACAUGUUUUCAGCCUCCCCAUUAGGGUAAAUUUUAUCUGCAGAUUUCUUGUGAAGUCUGGUCUUGUUUCAGUCCCUGUGCAUGUUCUUAAUAAGACAUAGAGAUGAAGAGAGAGAGUUUUGAGUUUUGGCUGAAAGAUAUGAAUAGGUUGCCCAGUCUGUGUGGAAUUGGAACUAAUACUGAGGGAAUAAGUUGAAUUGAGGAUAACUUUUUUUCAAAGAUAAACCCUUAAAAUACACCAAAGUAUUGAACUGACACAUGAUAUUAUCUUUCUUCCCUUCUAUAUGUCUGUACCUGUUCCUCUUUUACUUCUAUAUUUUCCUUCCUGCCCUUAUCUUUCUGUUUCACUGUUUGUCUGUAUUUUUUUCCCAUUCAUUGUCUGUCUGCAUGUCUCUCUUAACCUAUGCUUCAAGUCAAUCUACUUAUCAUAUCAUUCAUGUUUACUCACUCCCAACUACUCACUGUUAGAACCUAUUACUCUCACUGCUCCAUCAAUAUGACUGUGUCUGUUUUCUUUUUCUAUCUCUCUCCAGUUUCCCUGUUUGUACUAAGGCUUUACAGAAUACAGUGGAACACACAAUACUCAGGGGCUUCAAUGAUUUUGAAUCACAUAAUAUCCCUGUGAGGACAACUUUGAUACAGUUGCAGUCUCAUUAUUGUUCACUUCUAAUCAGCUUGUUUUCAGAAACAACCCAGGCUGACCCAUUUCCCCUGAGAGCAAAGGAUCCUCUGACUCUCCGAUCUUGUUAAAGGUUUACUUACAAGAAAAGGAAACUACUGUAUGAUAACACUGAACAUCCUGUCUUGGGGCACUUCUGUCUUUCCUCUUCUGAAUGUCACACAGGGGCAUAUUAAAUGAAUAAGGAAACCUAUAUGGCCUGAGGCAGCACAACAUGCAGCGUGUAAUAUUCUCUUAACUUUAUACUCUGUGGUGCUCUGUUUUGUAGCCUGCAGGGUUUGUGCCAGUAAUGAUAUGCACAGCACCCAAAUGACUCAUUAAUCUCACCAUAUUAAUGCUGUUUAACCUCACGGAAGGAUAUUUUAUAUAAGAAGAAGAAAAAUUACAAAAAACGAGAUCAUUCAAGAAAAGUUGUAAGACAAAUUUCUGGUGAAGCUUUUGUGAUUUUGAGAGCAUAUAACAACGUAACAGUUACACUGUAUGUCAGGUUAAACUCUAAUGUAAUAUGUUCACACUAAAUCUCCAUUCAAAUCAAUACAAUCAUGCACCUCUUUCUGUUGAUUACCAUGAACAAUAUAUUAUAAGAUCUUAAUGUUCCCUUGUGUUUGAUACAACUGUGUGCUUCAUGUUUGUGUGUGUGUGUUUGAAAGAUAUGUAGCUUCAUUUAGCAGCCUGCGGUGACAUGGGUCUACUGUCUGCCUCUUCACAUCACUGAAGGAUGAGUUAGGCCUAGUCAGGCAUGACACUGUGACAUGACACUGUUAUUGUCUUUUCCCAUUUCACUCAAGUGCUCAUUCCAGUUCCUUGUUAUUGUUGUUACUUACUGUGAAACCUUCUUUUUCCAUUGACCACUACCCAGGGGAAAUAUGGUCAAUUUGACAGUUGGGAGAAGCAUAUAUAUCAGCUGCAGGGUAGCAUCUUUUACUAUUCUCUGUUGGUGCAAUGAAGAUGCAGCACUCUGAAAGUAUUUCAUGAACUUGGAUUUUUUUAUGAGUUUAGGUUGAUGAGAUGCUUUUUACUAACUAGUUGGAGUUAAACAUAUUUUAUCUGUAAUGACUUUACAGGUGAUUUUGUACUUAAAUUCUGUAGAUGCUGUCCAAGUCUGAAUGGGUUCACGAUGUGUUAUUUUCUGUGCACUUGCUUUUUACUGACCACUGACACAUUGUUUGGUGCUUUGUCAGCAAGCAAGGUACUUAUUAGGCCCAUUAUUUGUCUGUGUGGUUUAUCCAAAUAGCUGUUAUUUGAACAGGCAUAGACAUAUAUUUGCUGUUAAAGGUAUAUGGUGGCAUAGCUUAAAAAAAAGGAUGAAUCAUUUUUUCCUGAGCUCAGCAGAGGAUGGGCUUUCAUGGAAAAGGACAGAGUUUGUGCUUUGGGGUCUCUUGUGGUGUGGGCUUUUUCCCUACAACUCCCACCAAGUCCAGAAAUGUGAAAUAAUCCCAGGUUCUAUGUCCUUGCCUGUGCUGGAGAAAAGGGGAGACAUUAUCUUGGGGGGACUCUUCUCGCUUCAUGACAUGGUAGUGGAGCCCAGUCUGUCUUACACCUCUACACCUCCCCUCACACAAUGCACCAGAUUUAAUUUUCGGACAUUCCGUUGGAUGCAGACUAUGAUCUUUGCCAUCGAGGAGAUCAACAGGGAUGGCAGACUCCUUCCCAACAUCACACUGGGCUAUAAGAUCUAUGAUUCAUGCAGUACACCCCAUCAGGCUCUGAGGGCUGCCAUGGAGCUAAUGGGGACUGAGAAGGGUUCAGGGCUUGAAGGAGAGACACAGAGCAAAGGCACGUGUCAUGAGACUGUGCCAGCAGUGAUAGGAGAUGGAGGCUCUACUCAGUCUCUGGUAGUGGCUCGUUUCCUGGGAGUCUUCCAUGUGCCACAGGUCAGUUAUUUCUCCAGUUGUGCCUGUCUCAGUGACAAAAAGGAGUUUCCUGCUUUUUUAAGGACCAUGCCCAGUGAUUUCUUCCAGGUAGAUGCACUAAUACAACUUGUCAAGCAUUUUGGCUGGACUUGGGUGGGUGUGAUUGCAGGGGAUGACGCCUAUGGCCGUGGUGGGGCAAAUAUCUUUGCCAAUAAGAUUAUAAAGUUAGGUGCUUGUGUUGCCCUCCAUGAAAUCAUCCCUAAGAACCGAGCACAGACAGCAGUUUCAUCUAUUGUAUCCAAAAUCCGCUCCUCUGGGGCUCGGGUGAUUCUGGUGUUUGCUUUGGAGCAAGAUGCAGAGGCAUUGUUUGAUGAAGCACUCAGAGAGGGGCUCACUGGGAUACAGUGGCUGGCAAGUGAGGCGUGGAGUACAGCUGCCGUCCUCUCCACCCCAAAAAAGUACCACCACAUCCUCCAGGGUUCUUUGGGAUUUGCCAUUCGACAAGCACACAUCCCUGGAUUGCAAAACUUUCUGCUUCGCUUGCAUCCCACAAGCCCAGAUGCCCUCGAAGAUCCCUUCCUGAUACCUUUCUGGGAGGAGGUGUUUCAGUGCAGCCUGGGUUUGCAGGCCGAAGGUCAAGAACAUUAUGUUGAGGGUAAACCUCCAUGCUCUGGAGCAGAGGAGCUGGGGAGUGUGACAAAUAUAUAUUCAGAUGUGUCACAGCUAAGGAUUUCCUACAAUGUCUACAAGGCUGUGUAUGCCAUUGCCCAUGCACUCAAGGCUAUGAGAAGCUGUGAGAAAGGAAAAGGGCCAUUUCCUCAGCAGGCCUGUCCAGAUCUAGACAAUAUACAGCCAUGGCAGCUGCUUCAUUACAUAAAACAGGUGGAAUAUUCAAACUCAUUUGGUGAUGAGACAAAGUUUGAUGAAAAUGGUGACCCUGCAGCCAUGUAUGACCUGAUCAACUGGCAGCUGAAACCAAAUGGAGAAAUGGACUUUGUCACUAUUGGCAAGUUUGACGAGAUGACCGGAAAACAAAAACUCCAGAUCCAGGACCACAACAUUGUGUGGAAUGGCAACAAAACCAAAGUUCCCAUGUCAGUGUGCAGCAGCAUUUGUCCCCCAGGUACCCGGAAGGCAAUCAGACCUAACUUCCCUAUCUGCUGCCAUGAUUGUGUGGCUUGUACAGCUGGGGAGAUUAGCAAUCAGACUGAUGCCAUAGAGUGUGUGCGCUGCCUGCCAGAGUUCUGGUCUAGUGCUGACAGGACAGCCUGUAUCCCCAAAGAAGUGGAGUUCCUCUCCUUUAGCGAUACUAUGGGCGUCACCCUGAUGGCUGUUUCCCUUAUUGGCUCCUUCUGCACCUGCGUUGUGGUCUUCAUAUUCUCUCGUCACAGAACCACCCCCAUUGUCAGGGCCAAUAACUCUGAGCUGAGCUUCCUGCUGCUCUUCUCCUUGACUCUGUGUUUCCUGUGCUCUCUGACCUUCAUCGGCCGGCCCUCUGAGUGGUCCUGCAUGCUGCGACACACAGCAUUCGGCAUCACCUUUGUCCUCUGUAUCUCUUGUGUUCUGGGGAAAACUAUAGUGGUGUUAAUGGCCUUCAGGGCUACACUUCCAGGCAGUAAUGUGAUGAAAUGGUUUGGGCCUAAGCAGCAAAAAGCAAUCAUUAUCUUUUGUACACUCAUCCAGGUAAUCAUCUGUACAACAUGGCUGGUUGUUGCUCCCCCCACUCCACGCCAGCUGAUACCACGCAAAAGCGCAAUUGUCAUUCUCUUGUGUGACGAAGGUUCACCCAUAGCAUUUGCUCUAGUUCUGGGCUACAUUGGCCUGCUGGCUUGCAUCUGCCUCGUCUUGGCCUUCCUGGCAAGGAAACUCCCGGACAACUUCAACGAGGCCAGAAUCAUCACCUUUAGCAUGCUCAUUUUUUGUGCCGUGUGGGUAGCCUUUGUUCCUGCCUACAUCACCUCUCCAGGGAAGUACUCCACAGUCACAGAAGUGUUUGCUAUAUUGGCUUCCAGCUAUGGACUGCUGGGCUGCAUCUUUGCACCAAAGUGCUACAUAAUCCUACUAAGGCCAGAAAAGAACACUAAGAAACACUUGAUGUCCAAAGUUGCAGACAAAUUUUAGGAGGACAUGUUCCUUCUGUGUAUAUUUUAUAAAUUUCUUUAUUUGCUCUUUUCCUCAUCAAUUAAAAAUAGCUCACUUCAAAAUGUGGGGAAGUUA